AUGGUUCUGUCGGACGAACUCAGGGAGCUCGGCUCCGGUGCGUUGGACAGCGACAACUGGAAGCCGUUGUACGCAUCAUGGUCCACGCGGACCACGGAACACCGCAACAGCAGCGCGUCCAGCGGAUCCGCAUCGCUCUCGAGCUCGCAUUCUCUAAAAAGUGGGUUGUCGCUCGAUAAGCUGCGCGAAGAAGCGGCAGGUUACCUAUCGCAAAUAAAGCUGGGGAUGGACAGCCGGGAAUUCCUGACGGAACCGCACCAGGAGACCACCACCGCCACCAAGCUGCAUGCUCCGAAGCCAUCCGACAAAUACGACCGGGUGAAGAAGCUUGAGGACAGCCUCUGCGGGCUGCAGUCCAACGUGGAGUCUAAGCGAAGCAACAUCCUAGAGGAAAUAUACCAAAAGAUAAACAAUCUGGAGGCGAAAAUCGCGGAAAGCGAGGCGCAGGAGAGGCGGGCAUGCAGCGAAGUUACAAAAAAGAUCGACGCCAUCCAGCGAAGCAUCACAACGGCCAAAACGAAACACGAGGCUGAGACUAAGGAAGCCGUGGUCAAAAUGGAGGCCGUGUACCAGAGGUUUACCGAGGCGCUACGCGCCGAAAAGGAGCAGUGGAAGCAAGCCGAGAAGGACGCUGUCAACGAUAUAAACAGCCACAUAAAACGCAUAAGGGACGACCUGGACGAGAUGAAGAAGUCGAAGACGCACGUCGCGUCCUACCUGCGCCAGUACAUCGACAACGAGCUCCCGCAGCUCAAGAUGCGCGUGGCAUCGGCGGGUGACGACAUAGCCGCCAUGGAGAAAACCAUCGCAGCGAGCACCCACGACGACCUGCUCACGCUGGCCUCCUUCAUCAAGCAGGAGACGAUGCAACUGAACGAGAUGAAGCGCAACACGAUGCUCGAGGUGAACAAACAUUCGGAGCUCCUCAAGGCGCAACUGGUUAAGGAGCGCGAGGAACGCAUACAGAUGCAGCAGCGGAUGGUCAGCCUGAUGGAGGAGACCCUCAAGCGGCUAGGGACGCCGCUCUAG